AAACAGAUCAUAUAGGAAAGAUUAUGUUUUAGAUUUAGUUUAUUAAUUUAGCUGUUGAAGUACAAUUUUUAUUUUUAUUUUUGGUUUAUCUACAGAAAGCAAUUAAAAAAAAUGCGGUGUAUAUACUUGAACUAGAUCAAUAAUUUUUACCACGCUUACUGGAAGUCGAACAAUUAAAAUCAGAUAUUGACCUUCACGGCAAACAAUAUAAGCUGAUGAAAAAUUUAUUUUGCAGUCUAUACAAUUUUAAGAAAAUGGGAUCCACAUUAUUCUUUUGUUACCCUUGCAAAGAGUAUUUUAAGAUCAGUAAAAAGUUUGCUGCCGUAGUGUUUUUGGUCAGCAUCACUAGACAAGUUGAUAAAGCCAUAUCCUGCUGUCCCGCCGCUUCUACGAAAAUUAGACUCUCAGUUUUAAAGCUGUCUGAAUACAAUUUUUUCGUAAGCUUUUUUCUAUUGCAGGUAUAUGUUGAAAGGAUCGUUCCUUCUAUACGUUUAUUCUAUGAAAAUCGUUAAAAAGUCGUUAAAGAACUUAGCAAUUUUGUUUUAGUUGCAAGGUUAUAUGAUCUUCGCUUUGCCGACAUAUGCUUGCUUUCUUUCUGUUGUGAGCUAAAAUAAAAACAUUUUAUUGCAUUUUAUAACAGUUGUAAGAAAUUCAUUAAUUGAAAAUGCAAUUGACACACUCCUUCGUUUAAUGUAAAGUAAAACAUUAAGUAGUAUUCUGAGAAAAAUUAACAUAUUCAUGCUUAUUUACGUAUUAAUAUAUCUCCGUUUCACCCACACCACGUUGUCUGAGUCUAUCACUCAUUUGUUGAAAAUGUGCAAACCAAAAUAUCAGUUCGAAAAGCUUCGCGACGGGUAGCGGUUGUUAUAAUUGAGCAUUGCGAUUUAUUUUUAGAUGAAAGUGUCCCAGAGAUUCUAAGACUGAAAAACUAGUGUUUAUAUUUUAAUAUUAGCAUUCAUGAAUGAAAACUGGACAAAACCUAAUUAGCAAACACUUGUAGAUCGACUGAUGAGACCUGCGAUUAUGAUUUAGUCGGGAAAUGCACAAAUGUAGCGAAAUUUAUUUUCUUAAAAUCGGUUUGCUUUAGAGGUCAAGAUGAACUGCUGCUGUGGAAAACGGAAACGUGGCGAGGAAGGAACCUAUAAGCGGUUUAUGAACGAGGAGGCCUCAUUCUACGAAUAUGCAGAUGCAGUGCCAAAAUACUUCAACGACCAAAUUGGCCAAAUAAGCGAAGGCAUUAGUUUCACCGUUACCGGUUAUCUAGCAGUAAACUGCGAGAGAUUCUCCAUCAAUCUUGUUCAUAACAACGAGACUCGAGAUGUGGCGCUUCACAUUAAUCCACGGUUGCCCCAAAACUAUAUUGUUCGUAACACCAAAGUGCAGGACAUAUGGGGCAGCGAGGAAGUUUCCUCGGCAUUGCCCUUUCUUUUAAGUCGCGGCGACAAGUUCUUUAUUCAAGUACUUGUUACUGAUGCGUGCUAUAUGAUAUCGGUAAAUGGUCAGCACUUUGCAACAUACACUCAUCGAAUUCCCUAUAGAGAUGUCCGAAUCCUGGAAGUCAAAGGCGAUGUGGGUAACGUAGAAAUGCAGCGAACUUUGGUCUUAAGCUAUCCUCAACGACUUCCCCAGUCGGAGGUGAAAAACAUUGAGCUCCACAUAGAUAAUGAUGGUAAUGAAAUUGAUUCUAGCGUCGAGGAGACUGUCAAAAUACCUCAUGAGUGGUGCCUUAUUAGCGCCCCGAUUACACAGUCGGGCAGUUCGCCAAAGAGUACCAACAGCUUAAAUGAUCUUGCGCUUACCUUGCCUUAUUAUGGGGCACUGCCGCCAAAUUCGUUGGUCGAAGGUCGAUGCUUAAAGAUUGAAGGACGAGUUCGCCUGCUGCCGCACUCUUUCUAUAUAAACCUACAAAAAGGGCAGGAUAUUUGGCCACAUCCACUCAUAGCAUUCCACUUAAAUCCACGCUUUACGAAAGCAAGCAGCGGAGCCAUCGGAAAGGCGGUGGUGUGUCGUAAUGCCUGGCUUGAUGGUGGUUGGGCACAAGAGGAACGUUCUGAGUUGGACACAAACUUCCGUCCCGGUCGAACUUUUAGUUUGGCCAUCGUGUGUACCAAAACUGCAUAUGAGGUGUAUGUCAAUCGGAUAUUUAUGACGGAUUUUAAAUAUAAAGUCAGCCCUGGGCUGGUUGACGCCGUCUACAUACAAGGUGAUGUUAAACUAUGGAAUGUUACGCUGGAACAAAACCCACUUAUUAAGGGCAAGAAUGUGCGCGUCUAUCACAACCCUUUGGACACUUUUGAGUUCUAGAUAUUUGUGGCUUCAAAAACCAGCCUAAAUGGUUAUAUAUUUUUAUUUUUCUUGUCUCAAUAGUUAAGCGACAAUAACUAAGUUAUAGGCAGUUUAUUAAUAAUCAUUUUUAAAUAAUGUAACAUUUUGUUAACAAUUAAAGUUACGGGAACGACA